AAAUUGACAAGCAGAUUUUCUGGGAGCCAUGCUUCCCUCUAAUAUCACCUCAACACAUCCAGCUACCUUUUUGUUGGUAGGAAUUCCUGGUUUGGAACACCUGCAUGUCUGGAUCUCCAUCCCCUUCUGCUUUGCUUAUACUCUGGCCCUGCUGGGAAACUGUACCCUUCUCUUCAUUAUCCGGGCUGAUGCAGCCCUCCAUGAGCCCAUGUAUCUCUUUCUGGCCAUGUUGGCAACCAUUGACUUGGUUCUUUCUUCUACAACGCUGCCCAAAAUGCUUGCCAUAUUCUGGUUCAGGGAUCGGGAGAUCAGCUUCUUUGCCUGUCUGGUCCAGAUGUUCUUCCUUCACUCCUUCUCCAUCAUGGAGUCAGCAGUGCUGCUGGCCAUGGCCUUUGACCGCUAUGUGGCCAUCUGCAAGCCACUGCACUAUACCACAGUCCUGACUAGGUCCCUCAUCACCAAGAUUGGCAUGGCUGCUGUGGUCCGGGCUGUGACACUAAUGACUCCACUCCCCUUCCUGCUGAGACACUUCCACUACUGCCGAGGCCCAGUGAUUGCCCAUUGCUACUGUGAACACAUGGCUGUGGUGAGGCUGGCAUGUGGGGACACCAGCUUCAACAAUAUCUAUGGCAUUGCUGUGGCCAUGUUUAUUGUGGUGUUGGACCUGCUCUUUGUUAUCCUGUCUUAUGUCUUCAUCCUUCAGGCAGUUCUCCAGCUUGCCUCUCAGGAGUCCCGCUACAAGGCAUUUGGGACAUGCGUGUCUCACAUAGGUGCCAUCCUGUCCACCUACACUCCGGUAGUCAUCUCUUCAGUUAUGCACCGUGUAGCCCGCCAUGCUGCCCCUCACGUCCACAUACUCCUUGCUAUUUUCUAUCUCCUUUUCCCACCCAUGAUCAAUCCUAUCAUCUAUGGAGUCAAGACCAAGCAGAUUCAUGAUUAUAUGCUCAGUCUAUUCCAGAGAAAGAACAUGUAGAUGGAUAGUUCUCUUUUUUUAGCCCCUGGGUCAAGUAAUGAGAAUGCUGGAUUGGGGUUAAGAGGAAAAAUCUAAAUAGGAAAAUUGCUGAAUGUCUUUGACAAUUCUCUAGUAUGACAAGGAAAAUGAGGUUUCAUUCCUCACAGAUCUAUGAGUCAGGUCAAACCAGGAGUGCACCUAUAGUCUGGUCUGAUAGUAGAGGUUUGACCUUCCCAUUGUCAUAGACUCAUCACAUGGCUAAGGAAGACAGACCUCUCAAAGUGAUAUUGUAAUCUAGGUGAAAGACAGUAGGAAUAUUGGCUGAGAUUGGCCCAAACAGCUGAGUCACCCAAACAGGUGACUUCUUUAUCCAGGUAUGAGUGAGGAAAUGAACCACAAACUUUGUGACCCCAAAACCAUUAUUCCUUUUAGUACUAAAAUUACCCCCAUGUCUUUUCUGACAAGUACCCUCCACCCUUUGCCACUCUUUUUAUAGCCUACUAUUCCCCAAUUUUAUUUCUACAGUUAGCUCCAUUUAUAAGUAGAUAUAUUUCUUCCAUUAAGUCAAUUCCUUUUUUACUUCCUUCCUGAUAGACAUGGCCAAUUCUUUUAGUGAACACUUAUCAAAAGAGUCCUCUGAUGUUCCUUUUUAUCAAUUUAUAUUAUCCUGUAUCUAGCUUUUCACAUGCAUGUCCUUUGCUUCCAAAAUACUUAGUAAUAUUUAUUAAAUGAAUGGAUAGAAGAGCUGAAUACCAUCUUUGAACUAUAGACCAUGAAAACAGAAAUAACACCAUUCCCUCUUGAAGCUGAGACUUCUGAAAAUAAGAAAAUAGAAUACAGUCACACACUGCAUAAUGAAGUUUUGGUCAGUGAUGGGUCACCUAUAUGAUGGUGAUUGCAUAAUAUUAUAGUACCAUAUAUAUACUGUAUUUUUUUAAACUUUUAAGUUACAUGUACAGG